AGAUGUCUUAGGAGACGUGGCUGGAAAUCUCAAAUAAGCCGUAUAAGCCUUCCAACCCAGAAUCCCAGAUGACACCCCCAAAUUACAUCUUCUUCUUACCGCCAGUUAGCCGGUUCUUCCCGCCUUUUCUACAUGUUUUGUCCUUCUCGAUCAAUUGACUCGAUCAUUUGGAAGAGUGAAGAGUGACAUUGAAUAACCCAAAAUCGGCUCCUCAACUUUUCACGAUUCAAAAGUUACAAUGGAUAAAACCUGGGUAAAGCUGAAUAGGUGUAGCACUGAAUAUCUUGUUGGUAUGCAUAAUUUUGUUCAACACUCAUUGCGCGUUGCUGGACGAGAUGGGCUGAUCAAGUGUCCAUGUCGACUUUGUUGCAACCGGGAUUCAUUUAGUCCUGCUACGGUGAAGGAGCACUUGAAGGUGGAUGGUAUGGAUCCUGUUUAUGAGGAUAUGUUGUGGGUUGAUCAUGGUGAGGCUCUACCAGAGCCUGUAUUCGUUGAUGAGAUGGAACAAGAAUAUGAGGUCCAAGAUGAACCUUUAGACAUGCUUCAUAUGUUGACUGAUGUAUUUGCCACCAACAGUCCUUGUCAUUCACCGUAUGUUGGUGAGGACGGUUCACACACUAAUGUGAGACCAUCAGAUGCAGAGAGAUUUUACAAUUUGAUUGAAGAGGCUAACAUCAGUUUGUACCCAGGUUGUACUAAAAUGGGCAAAACUGGAAUUCCUUGUCCGCUUGUACCAGAUCAAGUGCAUUACAGGGUCGUCGGAUAAGUCUUUGUCCCUCAACUUAAAGUUGAUUAAAAGCAUACUUCCAGAUGGUGAGACAUUACCUUGUAGUUUGUAUCAAACAAAGAAGUUAAUCACUGGUCUUGGUUUAACUUAUCAGAAGAUUGAUGCGUGUCCAAAUGACUGCAUUCUCUACUGGAAAGAUACGGCGAAUCUUGAGUAUUGUCCCUCAUGUGGAGAAAGCAGGUAUCUAGUAGAUACAAUUGAUGACAAUAACCAGACUAGGAAAGUUUCAGCCAAAAUAUUGAGGUACUUCCCAAUUAUACCACGUCUUCAGCGCCUUUAUAUGUCGAGGGUAACAUCUAAGUUUAUGUCGUGGCAUGGCACUGAAAGACCAAAAGAUGGGUUAAUGAGACACCCAGCAGAUUCUCCCGCUUGGAAAGAGCUGGACAGAUUACAUCCCUCUUUCGCAAGAGAUAUGCGUAAUGUUCGCUUGGGUUUAGCAAGCGAUGGUUUCAAUCCUUUCGGGCAGAUGAGCUUGUCCCAUAGCACUUGGCCGGUUGUGAUAGCCAUUUACAAUCUCCCUCCUUGGUUGUGCAUGAAGAAGCCAUACAUGCUGUUGUCACUUAUAAUUCCAGGUCCAAAGGCUCCCGGCAAUGACAUUGAUGUGUAUUUGGCUCCUUUGAUUGAUGAACUCAAAUCUUUAUGGGAAGUUGGCAUAGAAACGUAUGAUGUGCAUGCAAAAGAAAGUUUCACCAUGAGAGCAGCACUUUUGUGGACAAUAAAUGAUUUUCCGGCAUAUGCUAAUCUAUCAGGUUGGAGCACAAAGGGAUACAAGGCUUGCCCAAAUUGUGGUGAUGACUCUAGCUCAUUUCGGUUAAAGCACAGUCAAAAGAUAUGCUACAUGGGACAUCGUCGUUUCCUUCCAAUCAACCAUCGGUGGCGAACUCAACGACGACCUUUUAAUGGAAAAGAGGAACACAGAACUGCUCCUAUUCCACUUUCAGUUCACGAAUCCCUCAUCCAAUUGUCUAGCUUGCAAUUCAAGUUUGGUAAAGGGACUAACGUUCGAUCGGCUCGAAAGAAGAAAGGGACACCAGCUGCCUAUUCUGGACAAUGGAAAAAAAAGAGUAUCUUUUACCAGUUGCCAUAUUGGAAAGAUUUGCUUCUCCGUCACAAUUUAGACGUGAUGCAUAUAGAAAAAAAUGUUUGUGAGAGCAUUGUUGGAACACUAUUAGGGAUUGAUGGAAAAAAUAAAGAUACUAUCAAAGCACGUGCAGAUUUGGAGGAACUGAACAUCUGGCCUAACCUACACCCUGAGCGCCGAGGUUCUAAAACAUAUCUGCCCCCUACCCUUUUUACAUUGGCCAAUCCAGAGAAGACUAUGAUGUGUGAGGUUUUACAUUCAGUUAGGGCCCCUGAUGGCCACUCCUCUAAUCUAUCUAAUUGUGUGCAAGUGAAGGAAAUGAAAUUUCGUUGGCAUGAAGAGCCAUGAUUAUCAUGUCAUAAUGCAGCAUUUGUUGGUGAUAGCUAUUCGCCAGGUUCUUCCAAAACAAGUGUGCAUGGUAUUGUUGGAGUUGAGUUCAUAUUUUCGUCAUCUAUAUGCAAACAAUCAAACAAGUGAGGAAUUUUCACAGUUGAAACCACGCAUUGUCCUUACCCUUUGCCAAAUGGAGAAAAUAUUUCCACCAUCUUUCUUCGAUGUGAUGGUACAUUUGACUGUCCACUUGGCAGAAGAAGCCGCACUUGCUGGACCUGUCCACUAUCGAUCAAUGUGGCCGUUUGAGAGGUAUUUGGGAGAUCUAAAGGACCAUGUCCGUAAUAAAAGUCGACCUGAAGGCUCAAUUGCAGAAGGAUACAUAGCCCAAGAGUGCUUAUCUUUUUGUUCCAUGUACCUAGAAGAUGUUGACACUCGUCUCACUCGCCCCGGUCGAAAUGCUGAUGGUAAUUUUCGUGACUUUCCUGGUGGCUUUCCAAUAUUUCUGAACAUCGGCCAUCCACUUAAAAGUAACGGAAAAUUAGUAAACAUGGAUUAUAAGGAAUGGGAGCGCUUGAACAAGUAUGUGCUGCUUAAUUGCCCUGAGGUGAAGCCCUACUUAAGUAAAUUUGUCCGAAAUGCCCGAAGAAGGAAAGGAAAACGAACACUCUAUCAGUGUGACCAAGCAUCUCACAACAAUUUUCCAGCUUGGUUCAAGCAACAUGUUAUGCAGCUGAACAUGGUGCCAGAUAACAAUGUGCAUGAGGAUUUAUAUGCUUUGGCUAGGGGUCCAAACCCCUGGUGUACGAAGCACAAAAAUUUUGUCAUCAAUGGUUUUAGAUUCCGGAUACACCGGAUUGACAAGAAAAAGAAAAACCAGAACAGUGGUGUUUUUGUACGAUCAACAAGAAUCAGCUACUCUUCUAGGCAUGACAAUAAUCCGAAUGAUGGAAUCCAAGACUAUUAUGGAAUCGUAAAGGAUAUCAUUGAGCUGGAUUAUGAAAAUGAUAGAAAGAUCGUAUUGUUUGAUUGUGAUUGGGUUAACAGCGAAGGAAACUCUGCAGGAUUGAAGAUUGACCUGUAUGGAUUUAUAUUGGUUAACUUCAAUAAACUUCUACAGGGUGGUGACACACUCAUACUUGCAUCUCAAGCAGAACAAGUAUUUUAUGUUCAGGAUCCCAUUGAAAUUGAAUGGCAUGUAGCAAAUAGAACCAAACCUCGUGAUCUAUAUGAUCUUGUGGAGGUUGUCCAUGAUGAGCCAUGUGCACCCCAAAACAUGGAUGAUGCAAGUUUGGAUGUGUAUGAGGAGGUCGUACGAACUGAUGUAGAUGGAAUUAUACCUCAGCGGAGAGGGAUCUUUGAUGAAGCAGUUGAGCACAAUGAAGAGGAUGUGGCCGACAGUAACUUAGAUGGGUAAUGAUGGAAUUGAAUACAGCAGCACUGCAAUCUAAGGAUACUUGUGACAAGGAAUUUAAGUUUAGUGAACUGAAAGCUCUUGGGAUGCACAAGUUUGUGCGUUUUGUUGCGUAUGCAAUAAUGGGUGGAUAGUCUUCACAGUUGUUGUGAGCCACUUUAUUGUUAAUAGGCAGCAGCAUUAUUAUCAUAAG